UGGAACAAGGUUGUCCCGAGGCCCCGGCGGCCGGCGGGCGCUAAACGCCAUGGAAGUCCCGUCUGUGCUGACCCGGGGGGCUGUGCAGCGGAGGGGCCCCAAGUCCCCGGAGAAGCAGGAGCAGGACCAGCCGGGACGGAGACCGGGGAGGCGAAGGCCGGGGCGGAGGAUCAAAGAGGACCAAGAAGAGGAAGCGAUUUUUAGAGAUGUGGUCAGUUUCAACCCGGACCCUUUACCAGCUAGAUAUUAUGACAAGGACACCACCAGACCUACCAGCUUCUACCUCUCAUCCCUGGAGGACCUCCUGGCCUGGACCCCCAUCAUGGAGGAUGGCUUCAACGUCGCCCUGGAGCCCCUAGAGCGUCGUCAGCCCCCACUGAGCAGCCCCAGGCCCCGGACCCUGCUGUGCCACGACAUGAUGGGCGGGUACCUGGAGGACAGGUUCAUUCAGGGCUCGAAGGCGCAGAACCCCUACUCCUUCUACCACUGGCAGUACAUCGACAUCUUUGUGUACUUCAGCCAUCACACGGUCACCAUCCCCCCUGUGUGCUGGACCAAUGCUGCCCACCGGCACGGGGUCUGCGUGCUGGGGACCUUUAUCACAGAGUGGAAGGAGGGUGGCAAGCUCUGUGAAUCCUUCCUGGCUGGGGAUGAGCGCUCCUACCAGGCGGUGGCCGAUCAGCUGGUCCAGAUCGCUCAGUUUUUUUGUUUCGAUGGUUGGCUCAUCAAUAUCGAGAACUCCCUGAGUCCGGCUGCUGUGGGGAACACACCCCCAUUUCUCCGGUACCUGACUACGCAGCUCCAUCAGCUGGUUCCUGGAGGUCUGGUGCUCUGGUAUGACAGCGUGGUACAGAGCGGGCAGCUCAAGUGGCAGGAUGAACUCAAUGAACAGAACAGGGUUUUCUUUGACUCCUGCGAUGGCUUCUUCACCAACUAUAAUUGGCGGGAGGACCACCUGCAGAGGAUGGUGGCGCAGGCGGGGAAUCGCCUGGCUGACGUGUAUGUGGGUGUGGAUGUGUUUGCUCGGAGCAAUGUGGUCGGAGGCCGUUUCGAUACUGACAAGUCACUGGAGCUGAUCCGUAAGCACGGCUUCUCGGCGGCGCUCUUUGCUCCUGGCUGGGUGUAUGAGUGUCUGGAGAAGAGUGAAUUCCUUCAGAACCAGGACAAAUUCUGGAGACUGCUGGAGCGCUUCCUGCCCACACACAGUAUCUGCUCCCUGCCCUUUGUCACCUCUUUCUGUCUGGGGCUAGGACCUCGAAGAGUAUGCUACGGCAAGGAGCAGGCAGUGGGGUCCUGGUACCAUCCUAGUGCCCAGGAGACCCAGCCCCUCUUUGGCGAACAUAAACUGGCUGGAGACAGUGGGGGCUGGGUGAAGACACACUGCUGCCUGGCUGACGCCUGGCACGGGGGCAGCUCUCUGUUGCUCCGGGGCCUGAUCCCGCCUGAGCUUGACAACGUAGCCGUGAGGUUGUUCUCCUUGCAGGUUCCACUGCCACCCAAACUCUUCCUGUCAAUGGUGUACAAGUUUGAAGGCUCAACUGAUGUUCAGGUGGCUUUGGAGCUUACAACAGGGGAUGCCAGCAGCUGCCAUGUGGGUGGCAUAUCGGUGCUGAAUGCAGAUUCUGGCUCAAGGCACAGUCCCCGACCCCUCCGGGUGCCCCCCACCAAGCUGGCCAGGUGGGGUGGCCGUUGUGGCCAGCAGCUCAGUGGGGGCUGGAUUCAAUGCUGCUAUGAGGUGAGCCUGCAUGGAUGCCUGCUUCAGGACCUCUUGGUGAGCUUCUCACGGCCACCUGGCAGCAGGGAGGAGAAGGGCUUCAUUUGUCGCCUUGGAGAGAUCCAGGUGGUUGAUGCCAAAAGCCUGCUGGCCCCUCUGCCUCGGGUGCAGAAGGUCACCAUCUCCCAGCUCCGCUGGCUCCCGCUGAUCUCUGGAUCCGAGGGCCGACCUGCCCAGCUCCUUCUCAGCUGCACUCUCCAGUGGUCCUUCCACCUGCUCCAAGCCAGGUGCUUCCAGAUUCACUGCCGGGAACAGACAGGAAGCAGCUCUGCAACAGACGGGACUGAGAAGCUAACGUUCCUGGGCCUGGCUUUUGCCAACCAGUACCGUGUGGUGGACUUGGUAGUGGGGGCUGCUAGAUUUGGGCAGGAUGGUCGUGUGGAGUUCCUGGUGGAGCCUGUCCCCAGGGAGGGCUUCCAGGUGCCUCAGGCUGAGUGGGGCAGGGCGGCCCUAAUCUACUCAGCCCCUCAGUGAGCCCAUCCCAGAGCAUGGUACCCUUCUUGCCUCAAGACUCGAGGUUUCCUCUUGGUCAACCACCCAGGGCUGAGUGGACCACUGAGUAUAGCUGGGUCCCCAGGUCUCUAGGCUCUGGCUGUGCUCCCAGGGAGCUCUGCCCUGUGGGUGCUCCAGGUGAGUUACCUAGCACCCACAUCCUUCUGUGUAAUGCCCUCCAUGGGAUAUAGGACUCAGGGGAGAAGGAGAGCGCUUGAAGUUUCUUUCAGAAGGUUCAGUAAAGACUACCACUCACAGUCUGAAAA